AGAUCCAAGGCGAGGCUCUGUGUACCAAUGAGAGUUUCCCCGCACCGGCCUCUGUAGAUCAGCCAUGGUACCUAAUUCCGCUGGAUUUGCAAUUCAUUUACGAGGCGAUAAAAUAUUGUUACUAUAAGUGGCACUGCUAGCUUUAGUGUAUGAUUACAGUAAGUUUUAAAUGGUGAUUUAGCAGUGUUUGAUCGUUUUGAUGCAUUAAACGAGGUACCGGCAGCAAAACAAUCAUUUUCAAUGUUGUGGAAGCUAUUACCCUGAUGGAUGUAUAUAACCAGACUAUGACUGACGUUGUGGAGGAUUGUGGUUGUCAGUUUCGCUCGGAUGAUGUCAAUCUUAAGCUGACAUUCUGUUGCAAAGCAUUCCCAACAUGCCGGUAAAGUUCCGUUCUCAAACAAGGAUAUCUGCAAUUAACCACGGCACCCUAGCAAACGUACAUUCACAGCAAGGAUGUUUCAAGACUGACUCCAGUAUAUUCGAAGGAUUAACGUUCAGUGCGUCUUUAAGUUGUUAAUUAUAGACAAACACGCAUUAAACCAACCCGCUCCCAGUGCUGCUUCCAGUGUAAUGCGAUUGAAAGGUACUAAUUUGAUCACAUUAGGGAAAUGUCUAGAAGAUCUAAAGCCGAGAGAAGUGUGAAUAUAACAAAGACUACCCUUGCCAAUGGCUGGUCUUCCUGCAUCCCCAAAGGAUGAUGGUUGAUCAUCACCAGUCAACUCAGGACGAAAUUGUCCUACAUAACGUUCAAGACCAAGGGACCGAACACUUGCCCAAUGGCCCCUGCAGAAGUCCUGAAGAGGAAGGGGGGUCACGGUCCCAAAGGUCUAGUUCAGAUUCAAGCAGUUCCAGUAAGAAAUCAAGACUUAAAAAACUGUCCCGCAAAGGAGCAAGCAUAUUACCGAAUAACAGUAAUUGGCGUCGGUUGCGGGCCACGAUUAAAGCGUCGAGCGAGAUGCAGACCCAGAAAAAGAAAGGAGCAUUGGAGAGACAGGAUUCGUUUCUGAGGAAAUUCUCUACAAGGAACCAGCGAGUGGAUGAUUGUUCGGAUGACGAGGAUAAAAAACCAAGUUAUUGGCGUCCGGCGAAGUCUCGGCGUCAUUUUGUUAUUCAACAUGACGGAAAGUUUAUGUUUUAUUGGCUCGGUGUGAUGACUGUGGCCGUUCUGUACAACAUGUGGACAUGCAUAGCCAGAGAAGCUUUCAGGGAAAUUCAGUCUGGAUGCAAUUAUUGUUGGUUCACCAUGGAUGCUUUCGUGGAUCUUCUUUACCUUUUGGACGUCCUAGUUCAAUUUAGAACAGGAUACCUAGAUCAAGGACUGAUGGUCUACGAUUCCAAAAAGCUAGCUAGGCGUUACUUGAAGUCGCGCACCAUAUACUUUGACACGUUAUGUCUUGUACCUACGGAUCUGAUUCAGUUUUAUAUAGGGAUUCACCCAAUGGUUCGAUUCCCAAGAUUCCUAAAAGUGUAUAGAACCUUCCGUUUCAUUCAUAUGCUGGAAUCGAAGUCAGCCUAUCCCAAUUUUUUCCGUGUGGCCAAUUUGUCACAUAUGUUAUUCCUUGGAGCACACUGGUUUGCAGCAUUUUAUUACCUAAUAUCUGAAGCAGAAGGUUUCGUCGGUGGAUGGUCCUACCCAAGACCCGAAGGGGAAUACGCGUCAGUGACCCGGAAGUACUUAGCUUCGCUUUUCUGGUCGACCUUAACCUUGACAACAAUAGGUGACCUUCCACCUCCAGAUACCAACUGGGACUGGCAAAUGUCAAACGUUGCAUAUGUUUUUGUUAUCGUGAGUUACCUCAUUGGAGUCUUUAUAUUCGCUACAAUCGUAGGACAGGUCGGCAAUGUGAUAACAAACAGAAAUGCCAGCAGACAGGAAUUUGAGAGAUUGCUGGAUGGCGCUAAACUGUAUAUGCAAACUCAUAACGUACCUCCAGACCUGCAGAAACGCGUUCAGCGCUGGUACGACUAUGUGUGGUCCAGGGGUCGCCUUAACGGCUGCGACAUCAACUCUCUUGGUCUUCUUCCAGACAAGCUAAAAACAGAACUCGCCAUACAUGUCAAUCUUGAAACGCUGAAAAAGGUGACGAUCUUCCAGGAAUGUCAGCCCGAGUUUCUUCAUGACCUUGUCCUCAAAAUGCGAGCCUACAUCUUCACCCCCGGGGACCUCAUCUGCCGGAGGGGGGAGGUCGCCAGAGAGAUGUUCAUUGUUGCAGAUGGCGUUGUCGAAGUCAUCAGUGAAACAGGCACAGUACUGAAACGAAUGGCAGCGGGCGACUUCUUUGGAGAAAUAGGAAUUCUCAAUCUUGAUGGCGGCAUAAACAGACGCACAGCUGACGUUCGCUCUGUUGGCUACUCCGAGCUGUUUGUGCUGUCCAGGGAAGAUGUUCUAGGGGCCUUAAAAGAUCAUCCAGAUGCGGAGUCGAUCAUCCGAGACUAUGGACAACGCCGUCUUCGGGAGAUAGAAGCCCAUCGCCAGAAGGUGAAGCCGCUACAGCGGGAGGACACAGCAGAAGGGCUUCACGGGGUGAAGAACUCCCUUCUCAUGACCAUCCGGAGUAUGUCCCCGAAACUGAGGCGCCACGAGCAGUCGCCCUCAUCUCCAAGGUUCAGUAAAGCGAACAGUUUGAAAAAUAUGGGCUUUUCGUUUAAUUCUGAAGAUGGUCCUUUUGAUUCAGAAGUGAAAUAUUCUCAAAGUAGUGGGCUUUUUGAAACGGUUUGUGGUAAUUUAAGGCGUUUAUUUCAUAGGAAGGUUAAGAGGCAGAAACGUGAGGACGGGAUCACUAUGGACAACCGAGGGACCAGUGAGGACCCGACGUCCUCCGUUCAGGAUAAUGCUCCUGAUAAGGAUGCACAGGGGUCAGUGAAAAUGUCUAAACUAUCCCAAGUGUUUAAAAGUACUCUUCAGUCGAAGAAACGGCCUGGUUAUAUGGCAGUGAGGACUGAUGACCAGGAGUCCUUUGACAGUGAAGACGACAAAUUGUCCGACACAAAAGACAACCAAAUUAUUGACCUGACCCAAGCAGGGAAGCUGAAACAAUUAAAAGCCAAAGAAAUAUCGGAUGAGAAAACACUCCGUAGUCAGAAGGAAUACACCCCUCCACCUUUACCGGGCAACCUUUCAUCUUCCAGAGAUUGCACUCCAUCUCCAACAGCCAACAAAAGUAGUUCUAGAGAAUUCACGCCUCCUCCUUCCGCGAAACAAUCAAAUUCGCGCGAGUUCACGCCCCCUCCGAGCGCGAACCUUCUGAGACAAAGACAAUACACUCCUCCUCCUGUUGAUAAUGUCAAGAAAUUUGAUAUACCAAGAUGCAAAAGCUCUUCUGCUUCAGAAUUAAUAAUGAGAGAUAACUCUCGCCUUGCACUUCGCCUGAGUUCACCGCCAAGGGACUACGUGGCGCAUAUCUCUACUCCCCCUCUGGCGUCUUCUAACCCAGCUUACAGUAUACUAACCCCACCUCCUGCUAAGUCUAUCAACACUUACACCUGUGAUGCAGAUAAGACUUCGUGUGACUCUGGCCAACUGUCGCCAAGGAAAGACAGCUCCUGUUUUGAUGAUGUUGCAUCAGCUCAUUUAUCAGAAAAUGGAGGAAGAAGAAAUUGCCUUAAACGCCACUCUGUGGAUAUAACCGACGCCCGAUUGAACCCAAUGCUGCAUAGGAACAGCUCAAGUCUGUCUGUGACGUCACCGUACUCGGCGUUCGCCGACAUGCACCGCCUGGGUGGUCAGGUUGAGGAACUCACCAAGGUCGUGGACACCAAAAUGGCAACGCUAGAAGAGGCGUAUGCAGGCAGCUUACAUCGGCUAGACAAACUCACCUCUGUCCAGGAAACUCUUGUCAACCUACUCCAGGAAAAUCUCAAACUUCUACAGUCACAGGUUAAGACGUCCCCUGAAACUUCCAAUUGGGAACACACGACCGCGUUAUAACGAUACUCAUACAGCCUUGUGGUAUGGAGAAUGCGUAGUGGCAUCCUCGUUGUACAUCUCUGCAACCAAGAAAGCAACAGCUCUGCAACUGAGACAGCAACAGCUCUGCAAACAAGAAAGCAACAGCUCUGCAACUGAGACAGCAACAGCUCUGCAAACAAGAAAGCAACAGCUCUGCAAACAAGAAAGCAACAGCUCUGCAAACAAGAAAGAAACAGCUCUGCAACUGAGACAGCAACAGCUCUGCAA